AUGGGAAGCUCACAUUCGCCGUCGGCAAUUACCUUCUACGUCCUUGCGGGAUCUCUCGCUUCGUAUGCGACAUUCAUUGGUCUUCUCACCAUCCCAUUCUUCCAAAACCAAGUCAUUUACCUCAACCGUGUCACCUUGACCUGGUUUCAAAAUGUAGCUAUCCCUGAGCAAUGGGGUUUCCUUCAUAACCAGGUCACUCCUUUCACCCUCGACACAUCCGAUGGGGAGACGCUGCACGCCUGGCAUAUCCUGCCCUUAGGCCUUUACCAGAGAUACGAGCAACGACUCGUCGAGGAGCCGUCGGGCAUCGCGCCCAACAUUUCAAAGACUCUCGGAUUUGAGCUCCUGCGCGAUGAUCCUGACGCCCGAUUGGUCAUCUACCUUCACGGUGCGGCCGGCACUCUAGGCUCUGGUUGGCGACCAGCGAGCUACCGCGCAAUGUACGCCGCAUCGCCAAGCAACAUCCAUACAGUGGCCAUGGAUUACAGAGGAUUUGGAGCCAGCACUGGCACGCCCUCUGAGGAGGGUCUGUUGACAGACGCUCUGACACUGGUUAACUGGGCCUUGAAGGAGGCACGGAUCCCUCCCUCGCGAAUUGUCAUCUUCGGCCAAUCUCUCGGUACUGCAGUGGGCAUUGCUUUGGCAGAAUAUUUGGCAGCGCUUCCGCAGCCUAUAAUUCUCUCUGGCAUGGUCCUCGUGGCUCCCUUUGCCGACGUUGAGCUUCUUACCGCUACAUACAGAGUCGCUGGCACGAUUCCACUUCUGGAUCCCCUCGCGCACUUCCCGCGUCUUCUCGCUCUCCUCAACACUUUCAUCCUCAGCAAAUGGCCCAGCAAGGAUAAGCUGGCAAGCUUUAUUCGCCAAGUCGAAAGUCUAGCCGAUGACGGUGCAAGAUACCACAUCAACAUUAUUCACGCUGAGGACGACUAUGACAUUCCGUGGUCCCACAGUGAGCAGGUGUUUUGGCAUGCCGUCAAUGCCGCCACGCCCAUGGGAAUAAGCUUUGAAGACCUCGAGAAGGAAAAGGAGAACAGCAAACAGCAUCUCGGUGCCGGUGGCUGGGUUGCCACAAAGCAGGGCAAUAGGGGCGUGCAUUUCAAUAAGCAGUGUUCGCGAGGGGAUGAAGUGUUUUCGAUAAAGCCGUCACGAGUAAACCUCAGGCUAUCGACGCUGCUGAUGGCUUUGCGAUAUGGCGCAUGUACAUGUAGUCUACUUCCUCCCAUGCACUCGCCUUACAUCCAUCAACGUUCCGCUGCCAUCGACAUCUCGUCCACCAUCUUCCCGCUUGUCUCGUCGCCAUACUGGUCUCGCCUCAGAUCAGACCUGUUUACAGCUCAGCUGUCGGAUCAUUCACGGCUCAGCGUUAACGGCAGGGUGGCUCCCGCAUCCGACGUCGGAUCCGUUUCAACUUCCGCAAUACUGGAGCGUACCUGUCAUCAAAUGUCCCAGCUCGAGGGGGCCAAAUGCCUCGACGAUGACUGGACUGGCCUCAAAGACAGGGCUGAGCGGAAGAAACGCCAGACACGGCUCAACGUGAGAGCUCAUCGGAAGCGUAAGGCCGAGGCUCGGGCUAUGAUGGUCAAGAAAGAGUACCAUGUCCAGCCACGCGGGCGCCAAAUAUCCUCAUCAGCUGUGGCUGGUGAGAUGCCCAUAUUCGCCAUGAGUGCAAGCAACUUUAAACCCCUGUCGUUUGACCCUCUCAAGAGCGAGUUUCCGUUAUCAACCGAUCAUCUCAUUCCCCUCAUUCAAUACAAUGUCAAGCGGGCGAGCCACACCAAUAUUGCCAUUCUAGCCAUUACGAACGUUGUCUGCGUUGGCAGCCCUUACAAAACAAUGCCCCUCUUCCCCUACCCCCGCGCCCUCCCCGAAUCUUUGGCUCCGACAUCACUACAACUCACCACGCCGCACCCGCCCUGGAUCGACAUCCUGCCCUCGCCUCGUAUGCGAGACAAUGCCAUACGCGCCCUCGGGCAGUAUUCCCAAGCGGAUUAUUGCGCCACCUUCUCUGGCGGACGGUCGGGGCUGCCAAGACAUGAUGACGGCAACAAAUCGCUGGCGAGCCGCGAGAAAUGA